AUGUUGUCCUUGGCAAAUCCUUUCACUGCUUUCCCUCUUAGAAUUUCAUGUGCUUCCCGAUGUAGCCAGGUUCGUUCCCUAGUAAUAGGACCCAUCAGAAGCAGUAGCGAUAAUGGCAACACCACCACCAGCAGUGAUGAUGGAAGUGCAUCACCCCCUGUCCGGCCACCCAUAUCACCAUCGGAUACUGUAGAAAUACGGUUUCGAAGAGGUUCCAGGCGGAGAAGGAAGGAGCAACAAGAUGGUACUGCUGAUAAAAUCACAGCAAAUUCACGGGCCUCGACUCCCAAGGACUGGGAUUCAAUGAGUCUCACUGAGAAGGCGAUCGAGUUAUAUGUGGGAGAGAAGGGUUUAUUAUUUUGGCUUAACAAGUUUGCUUAUGCUUCAAUCUUCAUUAUUAUUGGAGGAUGGAUACUGUUCCGCUUUGUUGGUCCUUCACUCAACUUAUACCAGCUAGAUACUCCUCCUUUGGCUCCGACUUCCAUGUUCAAGGGUUAG